AAUCUACUCAAUUAUCGGUAAUCCACCGGACGGAAGACAGCAAUUAACCCAUCACAGAUGGUGUUUAAGUGAAGCGAUGAAAAAUCAAUUCCCACACACGUGCUGCAUACAGACUGCUGAUUAAAAAGCCCUCUCCUUUCCCUCACCCUCUUGUCCCCCUUUUCCACCCAUUCGCUCUUUCUCUCUUGCACACUCACACACAAGUGGCCGUACGGAUGGAGGGCACUCUCUACUUACGAAAACCUAUCAAUCAUCUACUUCCCCCGUGGUCCCAGUGGAUGCAAGCGGUGUAAGUGAAACGUGAAACGUCCCACUGGGGGGAACAAAAUCCAAUCCACCAGGUCAACCCAGUGUGCCCAGUAUUGGUGAAGGGGACUGAGCCGUUUCUGUGAAAACCAUGCUAGACAUUCCCAACGGGACCACUUCCACCACCGCAACCCACUAUCCCGGUGUGAUGAGUUUCCUUAACGCCGCCGGUGCAACCUUUCUCGAUGGCCUCAGCGGCACAGCGGUCAGCAGUGGUGGAGCGUUGCUACCCGCGGGAAAUUCUUCACCUACCCUCGGCGGAAGCGUGUCGCCACUGGUCAACUACUCGUCGGUGGUUAGUUCCUCGCCGUCACCGGCCACCAUGCUGUCGAGCGGUUCGGCGAACGGUUCGAUGGCACCGCUGCUUACGACGGCCCUGCUGAACGUGAACGGUACGGGGCUGGAGUACGGCGAUACGGGCAGCAAUCUGAGCCACUCGUUUACCAACUUCGUGCACAAGGAGUUUAUCUUCGACCGGACGGAUGUGCGUGUAAUAUUCAUCACGCUCUACUCGCUGGUGUUUUGCUGCUGUUUCUUCGGAAACCUGCUCGUAAUUCUCGUGGUGACACUCUCCAGAAGGUUGCGCUCGAUAACCAACUUCUUCCUCGCGAACCUGGCCGUUGCUGACCUGUGCGUGGGGGUGUUUUGCGUGAUGCAGAACCUCACCAUCUACCUGAUCGAAAGCUGGGUGUUUGGAGACUUCCUGUGCAAGAUGUACCAGUUUGUGCAUUCGCUCAGCUACACCGCCUCGAUAUUCAUCCUGGUCGUCAUCUGCAUGGAGCGCUACUUCGCCAUCAUCCAUCCGAUCACGUGCAAGCAGAUCCUCACCUCGCGCCGCCUAAGGCUCGUGAUCGUUGCCGUUUGGAUAACGUCCGCCGUCUACUCCAUCCCGAAGUUUAUCUUCGUGCGCACCAUCACGAACAACCUCGGCGACGACCAGCUGGAAACGAUCUGCAUCGUCAACCGGAAAAUGUUCAAUUCCGAGCUGUUCGACAUUAUCAACUUUGCCCUGCUGUACCUGCUUCCGCUGCUGGUUAUGACGGUCCUGUACAGCCGAAUAGCGAUAGCGCUGUGGAAAAGCUCACGGGGGCUGGAGCGGCACAUCGCGCUGCAAAAUACGACCUCGUCAAGCUACUCGAGCAAUUUCCACCGGAAGCCGAGCAGCAAGUAUGACAAGCGAACCACAGGUGUCACCGAAAGCCAGGUGUCAGUGGAGUCGGACAAGGUGGUAGUAACAACGUGGCCGGCACAGAACAGCUUCCACCAACGGCACGGCACCCAGCUAACGCAGGUGUCCCACUCGUCCAACAACGUGCUACGGGCGCGCCGUGGCGUUAUUCGCAUGCUGAUGGUGGUGGUGCUAACGUUUGCCCUCUGCAACCUACCGUUUCAUGCCCGAAAGAUGUGGCAAUAUUGGUCCACCGACUACAAGGGUGAUUCCAACUUCAACGCACUCUUCACACCGCUCACCUUCCUGGUGACGUACUUCAACUCCGGCGUCAACCCGCUGCUGUACGCCUUCCUGAGCCGCAACUUUCGCAAAGGCAUGCGCGAGCUGUUGCUGUGUUCCUUCAAGAAGAACAAAAACAAAUCGCUCAACCAGCGUAUCCCGCUGCACCGACCACGAUCCGUCCUAGUGCUGCUGCGACAUGCCAUGCUAUGCUGGGGCACGGACAAACCGACCGUCUCCCUGGCGACGCAUUGCCCUUCGCCGACUACCCGCUCGCUCGAUGGCGUCGACGAGCGGAUGCUGUGAUGGGAGCACCGGUCAAAGAUGAGACGAGUCGGCGAAACUGAAUGUGUCAGGCCAAAGCCAGGACGCGGUUGGAGUAGGAAUCGGCUCUGUCUCGGUUCGGUUGGUUCGUUGUCUUGCUCGCAUAGAGGCAUCACGCUCGAAAGUUGCUCGAACCGCUUGGUUAGGGUGUCUGAUGCCGUGCUAAACCCAUGAAAGAGACCGAGCUAAAAACAGAACGGAACCAUUCCUUACCGACCGAUUCGACCCAUGUAGGAUUUCCCCAAUGAUGCCACGACCUGAUCGACCGCGGGUGCUGCAGUCGGUGCGUCGGCAGCGGCCGGGACACGGGUAGGGCCAGCCGCCUCCGCCGCCGCCGAGAGCACCGCUAACGCACCCGGCACCACUGGCACCCGGUCGCGGGUGCACCGUUUCCGUCAGCAUCCACUCUUCCGGCGCAACGAGCUGCUGUUUCGCCGCACCAACGAGCUGGUAAGCAACUGCGACGAGGACGACGACGAGGACGAUGAGGACGAUCUGAACGAACCGGCCACGACGCUGUCCACCGCAACGAUGGCUCCACCGCUGACGGUAAGCGUCAUCGAGCUGGGCAGUGGACGGUAAAGGGGUUUGUCAUCAUCGCGACGUCCACGACUGUGUUACAAACAGUAUUCUAUUUUAUUUCCCAUCGACAUCGAAAGCGAAGCGUUGCUCAAGCGUGGCGCACAACGAAAGCUUAACAAUUAAAGAGAUCCCAGAGUCAGAUGAGUGUCAAUCACUAGAGCAAGCGAUUGAGUGCAAGGCAGAAGGCAAGCAGGCCAGGUUCAAUUUCACACCACAACGAAACGUAUGCCAAUUUGUAUAGCGUACCCGCGUCCAAAAGUUGUUUUUCCUCCCCAAUCCUAUUGGUUUGUGUGUGAGCGUGAUUGGUUCCGAAUGGAAACUUUUGGCCCAAUUACGCCCAUGAUGACUGCUACUACAUUUUGCUUAUUUCCAUCCUUAUUUGCACUCUCUUCUUGCUACUCGCGUCGUGGAAAGGGAGUGCCUGUGUGCUAGUGUGAGACAACAAAUGAUGCCAAAAUUGCAGACGAAAGAAAUGGGGCAAAGAGAGCAUUAAGUAGCUGCCCCCGAAUACUGGAAGCUGUUAGCACUGACAAUAGCAAGUUUCGCUUAAUAGCAAUGAUGUACUACCGUUUCCUCCGGCUGCUAGCGAGAUUUGCCGCCGAAUGCUGAAAGUUUAUUUUCCCCCACCAUUUUUACCAAAGAACGUGUAGGGUUGAGCGAGUCACCAUUUCAAUACUAUCACAGUAGAUCUUCCUAGCAGAGCAGCAUAGUGGUAAACAUAGCUCCGCGGCGGCAGAAUGAAAUGCAGACAGAAACCAAUUAGGAAUCACGUACGGAACGGAACAUAUUUUUGUAAAGAAAGCAGAGCAAUGUGUUGAGAACAGACUAUUUGGUUCGCUUUUUUUUUAGAUCAGUGAACUAUUUUCUGCUGGGGUUUGAAUAUUUGACUUGUAAAACUCUUUGUACGCGACUACAGUAGCGACUGUGGAAUUGAAUGUUUGUGGAGCUGCUUAGUUAGGACGAGGAAUUAAAAUUUAAAAGCAAAUAUUGUGAGCCUAAAUUUGGGAGCUAUGUUUGAGUACAACUUGUAGCUUGUUUUUGGAUAAUUUUUACAAUUAAGUUUAAGGUAAUGCCACAUAAGAAAUCAAGCAUAUAAAAUAUAAAAGAUGAUAAUGUUUUUUUUUAAUUUUCUAAAAGUCUUUAUUUUCGCUAAAGUUGUGAAAAUAAGUUUCGCCAUUUUAUGUUUGUUCAUGGAACCAAUCAUAAAAAAAACUAUAAUUACAAACAUUUAUUUGUUUUAACUUUAUGGCACGUUGCCAUUAGUCUGAUCUGAAUUAAUCGAACUUCUUUUUACCAACAUUUUGUCAUUUUUAAUUAAACUGUGCUGAAAACUUCACACGUUUUAGUACAAUCUUUUUAAUUACAGACAAUAAAGAAAGCGGAUAUGAUAACUAUUUAUAUCCAUGAUUUUCAAAUAACUUCCUCAUGGUUAAGCCUCCUUUUGUUAAUGUUUGAUUUAGCAAACAUUUAAGUAAUCACAGAAACUAAAUGUGCUACGCUCUACGUAUAUUUCAUUUGCCCUCAAAUUAUUUCAAAUAACGAUACUGUGAUAAAGUACUGAACAAACGAUGGACGAAAGUGGCGCGGGAAUGGAACGAUGCUCUGGUAUAAAUGUAUGAGAGAACCACUUGGCGACGCUGGUGAAACGGUUAAGCGAUGAAUCAAUUACAGUUCGUUUUCGUAUCGAAUCGAUUCCGAUUUUGCGAGAGAGAGAGAGACAUGCAAACAGCGUGCACUGUAAACUGUAGAAAUACUGUAAAUCAAAGCAUAUUUUAAUCCAGUAUCAUCCGCAUACGCAUUAGGACGUACUUAAACUCGUACCGAGCACGUGGGGAACAAACGCCCAGCCACGGUACUAGAGAGCAGACGGAUGGGAGUUUGCCAAACAGGUCGAAUUGUUGAACAAUGAACUCUUCUAACGGUAAUGUUGUCGCUGAAGAUAAAGGUUAUAUUUAAUAAAAAGAAGUAUAUUUUUUCACACAUUAACCAUUACACCAGAGUUUGCUAAUGCGUUAGAUGAGAUAAGUACAUGAACGGGGAGAAAAGUGGGGAAAAGCAUCGAUUGUUUAACAAAAUGUUCCGAGUCCUUAAGGAAAGAGACGAGAAAGAGUGUGGCGGGGACGAGAGAUUUUAUGAGAGAUAGAAAAAUUCGAAUUUUAAUUGUAGUUUCUACGAUUGGAGGUGAGGCGCGAGUGAGGCUCAAUGCAAAAUCAAAACCAGAAAGAAUUUAUUGUAUGCCCCAGGAAUAAGAAUAAUAAAAUUAUAGUGCUAAAGUAUAUGUA